ACACAUAGAAUAAGAUAUAGAUAUAUCCAUAGUAUGUAAAUAGCAUGUAAAUGCUACUUGUAAAUAGUAUGUAAAUACCGUUUGCGGGAGGCCCAGAUUGACUUUGGAAUUUGUUUGUAAAUAGUAUGUAGAUGCCAUUUAGGAGGCCCAGAUUGACUUUGGAAUUUGUUUGUAAAUAGUAUGUAGAUGCCAUUUAGGAGGCCCAGAUUGAGUUUGGAAUUUGUUUGUAAAUAGUAUGUAAACGACGACGAAGACAUAUUUGAAAUAAAUUGCUGUUGCCUUUGCUUUUAUGGCCGAGGAGACCUGGAUCGGGAUAUUGGUACUAGUUCAAUGCGUAGGUCCGACAUUUCAGGUUACUAUAUAUUAUAGUAUAUGCCCCUUUGCCCUUUUUCUGCGGUAUAUAGGGCUUGGAUGUUGAUUAUUAUAUAUGGAAGCCCCUAUCUUGAAAUCGAAGCUGAGAAACCAGUUUUUCCGUCGUGCAAGGCGAAACAUUAUUGUGGAAAGGCUACGACAGCAAAUUCAAGAGGGUGAACCUUUUCAUAGAUUGGCAGCAGCAAAAGUACGAGAACUCGUACUUGAGUCUGGAUUUUUGGUUUCCUUACAAGAAUUUGGCCAUGCCAUAAGACUUGCUUUUCCCAGCAUAAAACGCAGGCGAGUUCAUUCAUGCUGGUACUAUUAUGGCAUUCAAGAAGCUGGAAAAACAAAUGGCUCAAUAGCACAAAAGGAAGUUGCCAUUCCUAGCAUGUCUCAGAAAUGUCAUGAGUCACGCAAACGAAGUCAUCCUUUUGCAAAAAGGAAAGAGGUUACUUCCAAAAUUGUUGAGAAUGGAUUGGUAAAAACUGCUCCUUUUAAAAUUGCCUCCCUUAAUAUUUGUUGUGAAGACCUUGCAUUCAAUAAGGACAUAAUUGGUACAGGAACAUUUGGAAGAUGCUAUUCUGGAGAGUACAAAGGUCUACCAGUUGCAAUUAAAGUCUUUAAAGGCAAGCAAAGCUUUUUAAGCAUCCAUAAAGAAGCAGAAAUAAUGACCAAGAUACCUAGCCAUCCCAAUAUUGCUAUGCUUAUAGGUGUACGUACUGAUGGAUAUCCUUUUAUGCUGGUUUCAAAAUUGUGCACUAUGAACAAUCACCCGCAAACCUAUGCUGCCUAUUUAAAAGAACAUGAAAUCAACAAAACCUUAACCACAAACCUUCCGAUGUCUUCCGAUUCUGUUUGAAAUGAUGUCAGCAGUUUGUCACCUACAUGAAAGAGGGAUUCUACAUAAUGACAUUAAAAGCAAUAAUUUUGUCAUUGAAGAAAGAGAAAUGAAAACACGACCUGUUCUCAUUGACUUUGGAAAAGCUACAACAGCAUCCAAGUCUAAAGGAUGUGAAACUAAGAGAGACAUGACUUUGGCUGAAAGGCACCAAUACAGACAAAAAUAUCCACAUAUAGCUCCAGAAAUUUCACUUGGUAAAGCCCAGACUGAAUUGACUGACACCUAUUCUUUUGGAUAUGUAUUCUGUACUACAAUGAAGAGUUUGGAUAACAUGAGAAAACUGGCAGUUGAGAAUGAACGGCUUCACCUUUUAAAGAUCGGACAGUUAAUCACACAUAACAAUCCAAAGAAAAGGGGGAAUCUUCAAGAUGCAUUAACAGUUGUGAAUGCUAUAACAAGGAUUACAUAGUUUGGUAGCAAUAGCACUUUCCACUGGUGUUUUGAUGAUGCAUUAUGGGAUUGAAAUGCGGACAAGCCAAGCCUAGAACACAUGCUAAUAUGCUGCAUAAAUGUUUUUGCUGUCUCAUUGUUUCUAAUUCCUGGUAUUCCUGUGGUUUUUCGUCUCAUAUUGAUCUUCUUUUCCUUGUAACUGGAGCCUAUUUUACAAAGUUUGUCUGUAUUUUGAUUCCACAAGGCUUUGAAAUAUCUAUUUUUAGUAACCAUAAAAAGUGAUUUUAUUUUA